CCGGCGGGGUACGUGACCGAGCCAGAGAGGCGAGGCCACAGUUAUGCCCCGGUAUUAUGAGGACAAGCCUGAGGACGCGGCGUGCGCGGGCGUGAAGGAGGACCUGGGCGCGUGUCUGCUGCAGUCCCGCUGCGUGCUCCAGGAAGGAAAAUCUCCUCGGCAGUGUUUGAAGGAAGGGACCUGCAGAGCUUUGCAGUAUUCAUUUUUUGAAUGUAAAAGAUCAAUGUUGGAUGUCAGAUCAAGAAUCAGAGGAAGAAAAGGAUAUUGAUAUCAUUAUAUUAAAAGCAAGAUGAAUAGCAAUGCAGGGCUUUCCCUGGUCACUAACAGAAAAGCCAAAAUAGGAAAUGUGAUUUUGCUGCAUGUU